AUCUCGCGUGAAGAUGGUUGCCUGUUAAGGAACGAGCGAUAUCGACAGAGACUGCAAAAAGUAUGAGAGGAACUUCAAUUAUUUUUUCAACUCCGCCAAAGGAAGGGUUUCACGCUUUUGCUCCUGUUGGAGGUUGGAGGUCGUCGCGUCGGCGCGAGAUGAGUUGGUGUUAUGUGUUAGUGGUGUUUCGGCUCUCCUCGCUGACCCGCGACUCGGUCGAGACGUCUUCAACAUUUCAACGGUUCGAUCUGUUCAAGACUUCUUUUUUCCAGCUCGAUAUUCAUGAGUCGAAAGUACUGUGAGAAAGACCUCCCCGUGCUCAUAUAUUUCAUCCGUUGAGGUCUGAAUAUCUUUUGACUGGAGAUGGCUUUCGUUGUUCUCUUGUCUUCUACUCCCUCUUUUAGGUUUCCAAUUAUCCUUUCACAAAUCUACUUUCAUCACAGCAAAUCACUGCAUAAGAUUGGAUUCUGCCGUGAUCUUC